AUGAUGAGCCGAGCCGCUAGCAAGUCCUUUGACAGCGACGACGAUAGCAUCAUGGCAAGCGACGACGAAAUGUUCCAGGACGACGACGACCACACAUCCACAAAGGCGUCGGGGACACUGGCAAACAACUCUUCGGACGAAAGCACGUCCACGAUCAAGAAUCGAAUAUCCAAGAAGGAGAGCCAAAACGUAUUUCGUUUGCGCCUUCUCGUGGUCCUGGUCCUCUUGCUUACCGCUCUCGCCAUUUCGUACACGGUGUAUUGGCUCACAAGCAGUGCGGAAGCCGAGGAGUUUAAAGUGCAGUAUGAAGGAGCUGCUGAAAAGAUUAUCGCCUCUUUUGAGGAUAUCAUGCAUAAGAUGGGAUCGAUCAGUACACUAGGGGUCGCUUUCACGGCAUACAGUGUCAACUUUGGGGACAACUGGCCCUUCAUCGCUCUUCCUAACUUCCAACAGAGGGCUGGUAAUGCUCGACACAUGUCCGGGGCACUGUUUGUGGGUGUCGCGCCCGUCGUUACUCGAGAAAACUUUGACGCAUGGGACGAAUACGUCACGUCGGAAGACAACAGAUGGAUUGACGAAGCCGACGUUUACCAGGAGCAACUUGGCAUGAAUGGGUUCGGUUCCAUGGCCAACUAUCACAAGACGCAUCUUACGGACCGUAAGGUCGACCUCAUGCAUCGAUUCGACGCCACGGGGAAGGCCUUCCGCGAAGAAACGACAGAGUCGCCAUACUUUCCCUUGUGGCAAACAAGCCCUUUCGUGAAUUCAUCCGGUCUUGUGAAUCGCAAUAUCCUUUGCAGAAAGAACGUGACCCAGUUGAUUGCCAAUGUCAUGACCACCGAGUCCGCCUACCUUGGAGAUAUCUUGCGAGCCCCUCCUGGCAACAGCUCAGACCCAAAUACGAUGACGGCACUGUUUGCUACGCUGAUGAGCAUGAACGAAGGCCACUCGGUGCCCUAUGGCGGGGAACCACUCGUGGAGAUGUACUUGCCCAUCUUUGAUGCUUUCAACGAAUCCCAGCGACGAGUUGUUGGUAUCUUGAAAACGAUCAUCAACUGGGAGUCAUACUUGCGCAACAUUUUGCCAAGCAACGUCAACGGUAUCGAGGUUGUGAUUGACUACGAGUGUGCUGGGGCGGAGCAAAAUCUCAUUGCGGACACAGACAAAAAUGGGGAGGAUGCCGGUUUCACUUUUCUCCUCAAUGGCCCGGAGGUUAAAUUCAUUGCCUACGGUGAUCAGCAUGAAGGCUUUGACGAAUGGAUGAGAAAUGGCAACUUGAUUACCGACAACUUGGACGACGGAACGGUCCGUGGCAUCGAGGUGGACCCUACGUGCUCCUACGACAUCCAUGUUUACCCCACGCAGAAGUUCUAUGACCAUCAUCACACGUCAAUGCCAAUGGUCAUCACCUGGUCCAUUGUUGCAGUUUUCCUCUUCACCAUUGGUGUCUUCCUCUUCUAUGAUCAUUUAGUCGAGUAUCGGCAAAGUGUCGUCCUGAAAACGGCGACCCAAACCACUGCCAUCGUCUCGUCUCUAUUUCCAAGGAACGUCAGAAAAAGACUUUUGGAAACAGACAAUGACGGCCACCUUCGCCUUUCCACAAAGUCCAGGCUCAAGAGUUUUGUAAUCAACGGCGACGCUGAGGAAAUUGGGAGCACGGCUGCACCCAUUGCUGAUCUUUAUCCACAGUGCACGGUCUUCUUUGGUGACAUCUGCGGCUUUACAGUUAAGUUUGGAAAGCUCCAAUGCAUUCUUGCCUGGAGCAGUACCAGGGAGCCAGCCCAGGUCUUUGUCCUACUCCAAAGCCUCUACCAGGCAUAUGAUGUACUGGCCAAGAGAAGGCGUGUCUUCAAAGUUGAGACCAUUGGAGAUUGCUAUAUGGCCGUCACUGGACUCCCAGAACCUCAGGAGAAACAUGCUAUCAACAUGGUGCGCUUUGCUUGGGAUGCUCUCCUUGAAACAAAUAAAGUCACAAAGCGGCUGGAAUGCAGUCUGGGCCCAGACACAGCGGAUCUGACUUUGAGGAUUGGGAUUCAUUCUGGGCCUGUCACUGCUGGUGUCCUGAGAGGAGAUAGGGCGCGCUUCCAACUGUUUGGAGAUACUGUCAACACAGCUUCCAGGAUGGAAACCACUGGGCGCUGUGGAAAGAUCCAGAUUUCAGAAGCCACAGCAUCUAUUCUAAGAGAAUCUGCGAAGGAACAUUGGCUAACUCCCCGAGAAGACAUGGUGAAUGCCAAAGGGAAAGGCAUUAUGAUAGCGUACUGGGCCCACCCAUCUUGCCUCAAGGGCAGCGUAGCAUCAGGGGAGUCCAGCGAAGCAAAGUCUGCACAACUAUCUGAUACUCCAACCUUGAGUGCUGAUGAACGCCUUGUGGAGUGGGUUGUGGAUUUGAUACUCUAUGACAUCAAGAAGAUUCUCCACACCAGAAUGCACAGCAAGCCACAGCCCAGCACAGAGAAGCUGGUCUACCAUCCUCCAUCAGGCAAGAUCUGCCUUGAUGAAAUCCAAGAUAUUGUCCACAUGCCAGAAUACAAUGCUUCCAUUGCUGCCUGCCGCAGCGCCCAUGAUGAUAUCAGUGUCAACAAGGCUGUUGUAAGCCAGUUGAGAGAAUAUGUUGGGGCUAUUGCCAACAUGUACAGAGGGAAUUUCUUCCACAACUUUGAGCACGCCUGCCAUGUUGUCAUGUCCUCCAAGAAGCUCUUGACACGAAUUGUCACACCCGAAUUGUCAGAGGAACAACUGGAGAAACUCAAACGAAAGAAACAUGCUGGUGAUCUUGCCUGCCAUAUCCACAAAUUUACCUAUGGUAUCAAUUCAGAGCCUCUGGCUCUUCUGGCUGUCACAUUCAGCUCUUUGAUCCAUGAUGUCGACCAUCGUGGCAUUUCCAAUAUGCAAAUGAUGAAAGAAGAACCCGACAUGGCUCACAAGUACAGAGGAAAGUCCAUUGCAGAAUGCAACAGCCUUGACCUUGCUUGGGACUUGUUCAUGGAAGACAGGUUUCAAGAUCUUCGCCGCUGCAUGUUUCUGAAUCAACAAGAACUGCUCCAGUUUCGUCAAUUGGUUGUGAAUAUCGUCCUGGCCACUGACAUCUUUGACAAGGACUUGAAUGGUCUUCGCCGUUCUCGUUGGGAACAGGCCUUUGCGGACCAUCACUGUGUUGAUUUUGACACAGACCUCAGAGCCACAAUAGUCUUAGAGCACAUCAUUCAAGCAUCCGAUGUGUCUCACACAAUGCAGCAUUGGCAAGUGUACCAAAAGUGGAACAAGCGUCUCUUUAGGGAGAUGACUCACGCCUUCAAGAAUGGGAAAUUGGCCAAGGAUCCGGCCACUUUCUGGUAUAGAGGUGAACUUGGUUUCUUUGAUAACUACAUCAUUCCAUUGGCAGGGAAGCUCAAGGAAUGUGGUGUCUUUGGAGUCAGCAGUGAUGAAUACUUGAACUACGCCGUCCAGAACAGAGCCGAAUGGGCAGAACGAGGGGAGCAGCUUGUUGAAGACAUGGUGGCAGAUAUGCAGGACCCCUCAGAACACAACUCCAGGAGAGGAAGCAAUCUUGUGGCAUCACUUCUGGACAAUGCAGAUCUCUAUCGCCAAGCCACAGAAAGCACCAACCUGGUGACAAAUGCUCUCUAUUGCCAGCCCGCAGAUCAUCCCGAGUCCUGCGAUUGUUGCAAGGGGGGCAAACAAUAA